AUGAAGGACAUAAAAAAUAAAAUUCAUUUAAGACAACGUUCGUUAUAUUCAUCAUCCAAUGGAGAUAUUAAAAACAAUUAUGACUAUAUAAAACAUCAUGAAUAUGAUGAUAGAAUUGAUGAAAAAUUCAAGAAAAAUAAUUUUGUAGAAAAGGAUGAAAAUGAAAUUAAUAAGAUAAAUCUAAGAAUAAAAAAAAAGUCUUUAGGAGACCCAUGUUCUCGGGAAAAUAUUAGGUAUAAAAUGAAUCAAAAUAUGAGUAAAAAAAAAAAGAAAAAUUCUUUUAUAAAAAGUAUUUUAAAAAAAGCAGAAGAUAUAUUAUAUACAAACAGAAUAAAUAAUUUAUACAAUAAUAAUAAUGAUGAUGAGAAGAAAAAGAAGAACAAGGAGGAUAUAUCAUAUAAAUUAAAAUCAUUAUAUUUAUUGAAUGAAUAUUUAAAUGUUGAACCUACUAACAACGUAUAUUAUAGACGUAGAACACCACACGAGACACGUCGUCGAAGUGACUUUAAUGGUAUUAAUCUUAAACCUUUUGUUAGAUAUAAAAGUUUAAGUAUAUUAGAAAAAGAAAAAAAUAAAAAUAAGGCAAUCAUAAAAAUAUCUAAUGUAAAUCCAUAUUUUGUAUAUAAUAGGGCUCAUACUAUGAAAAAUCCUUCUCUCUAUAUAGAUUCAACCAAUUCAUAUAUAGGAAAUGAAAACCUUCCCAUGAACCUUAUGAAGAAUAACAUAAACAAUAAUAUGAUGCAUAAAAAUAAUUACAAUGAUAAUAUUUUUCAUUCGAGUCAUAAAAAUAUGUUUAAUAAUAUUUAUGAUAAUCCUAAUUUUGAUAUAUAUAAAAACCCAGAAAUUGGAAGAAGAAAUACUAUAUGUUCUAGCAUUUCAAAGUAUAAUUAUAUGUACCCACAACAUUUAAAUUUUCAAAGAGAAAAUUAUAUAUUAAAUGGAUAUACACAUAAUAUAGAUAAUAAUAAUAAUAAUAAUAAUAAUAAUAUGAUUAGUAAUAGCUAUUCUUUUUCUCGUUGUGAGGAUAGGAACGUAUCGAAAUAUAAUUCUUCUAAUUAUCAUGAGAAGAAGUUGAAGAAAGAAGAAAAAAAUAAAAAUACCAUUUUUAUUCAUUAUAAUAAUAAGAAAAAUAUUAAAAAGAAUAAUAGUAUAAACAAUAUAAAAGAUUAUGAUAAUAGUUCAAAUAAAAUAAGAACACAUAUAUCUAUUCCAUUAAAAAAAAAUACAAAUCAUAUGAAUCAUAAAAAAGAAUAUAACAUAGAUCCUAAUGUUGAUUAUAAUGAUAAGGAACAUCAUUCCAUUAAGGUAGAUACAAGUAGACCGAUCAAUAUAUCAUACAAUAAUAAUAAUAGUAGUAGUAAUAAUAAUAAUAAUUAUAAUAAUAAUAAUAAUAAUUAUUAUUAUUAUAAUAGAAAAAAAAAGAAAAUACAUAAUAAUAAUAAAGAAUUAUAUAAUUCAAAUGAUAAACAUAAAUCUUUCUGUACUAAUUCUUCAUAUACAAAAAAAUAUUCAAAACUUAAUAAAAGUUAUAAUGAUUUCAAAGAAUAUCCUAUUCAUUUUAAAUAUGGAAAUGGAAAAAAAAAUUCUUCAAAAAAUGCCUUCCUUAUAAAUAAUUCACUUUCUUCAAAUAAUAAAAGGGAUAAUGAAUCAAAUGAAGAGUUUAAUAAUAGUAGCUACUCAAAUAUAUGUAGAGCUAGAGAAAUGUCUGAUCAAUUAUUUCAGAUCGAAAAUAAUUUUUCAAACAAACAAAUAAUUAAAAAUGUGUUUUCCAAUGAUAUAAUACGUUAUAGAGAUAAGGAUCAUAAGAACAAUUUUAAAAGAGAAAAUGAGGAAGAUCGAAAUUUUAAAUUGUCACAUAAUAAAACAUGUAAGAAAUAUAAAAAAAAAAAAAAUAAAAUAAAAAAUAAUAAUAAUAAUAAUAAUAAUAAUAAUAAUAAUAAUAGUAGCAGUAGUAGUAUUAUUAUUAAUAGUAGCAGUAGUAGUAUUAUUAUUAAUAGUAGUAAAAGUAGCAGUAAUAUUAAUAAUUCAAGUGAUGAUACAAAAAUGAUUAAAUAUACGUUAUCACCAAAAAAAAACACUCAAAUGGAAAAAAAAAAAUUUAAAUAUUUUGAAGGACACAGGAAUAAAAACAGGAGGAAUAAUAAUAUAUCAUCAUAUAAUAAUAUAAAUUUUGAAGAAAUAAAGAAAGAGCAAACACAUUUAUAUCACAAGGAUAAUAAAUCCUAUGAACAAAUAAAGGAUAUGAACUUUCCUUCAAAUUAUAAGAAUAAUAAGAUUCUACUAAAACAAUAUAAUACGUCUGCAAAAGAUGAAUUACAUAAUGAUUCUUAUACGUUGAAUGAUGAUAGUUUGGAUAACUCGAUAGAUACAAAAGUAAAUUAUCCCAUUUUAAAAACGAUUACAAUUAUUUCUGAUGGGAAAAAUGAUAUUAAUACAAAAUUAAAGAAACAGGAAAAAUGUAUAAGAGAUAAUAUAAAACAAAAGAAAAAAACAGAAAUUAAUUUGUGGAAUGGUAAACAAAUUAUUUCUUCAGAGAAUAGUAGAAAUGUAAAUGAAUUUAAUAUUUAUGAUAAUAAAAUUAAUGAAAAAAAUGAUAUGGAUAUAAUUAUUGAAGAAAAUAGGAAAAACGAUGAAAGAAAUAAUAUUAUUAGGAAAAAAAAGAAUAUAAGUAAUAGUACACAAUGUAGUAAUAUAAAUAAUUUGGAUAAACAUAAAAAUAAAAAAAAUUUAUAUGAAUAUUCACAAAAUUAUUUGCAUGAUAAUUUUAAGGUUAUAGAAAAAGAAAAUAGAAAAAAUAAAUAUACAAAUAGUUCUAAUACUUCAGAAAUUUUGAGAAACAUUAAAGAAGUACAUAAUUUACCUAAGCGAAGUCUACAUAAUGAUAGCCAUGCUUCGCAUUAUGUUAAUGGCAUAUACCAUGGAAAUAUUUCAUCAGUAGAUUAUAAAAAGUUUAAUUCAGAAGUAGAAGAAUUAAAUGAUUCCAAAUCGUUUGGUAGAAAAUAUACAGAUAGUAGUAUAAAACUAGAACACCUCAAACAUGUUAAAGAUGAUACAUAUAAAGGGAAUAAUAUAUUAUUACAUAACAACACUUAUUCUGAUAUAUAUGAUAAAGAAAAAAGCAAUUCAUACGUUAAUAUAUGUAACAAUGUCUUAAAAGAUAAAGAACAUAUUAAAAAGAAUAAUUCUUUAGACAAAUCCUUUUCUAAAUUAAAUAGGAGCAAUGUAAUACACCUCAGACAAUCAGAUAUAGGUACAUAUGAAAACAAAAAAUUUAAGGAAAGAGAAAAAAGAGUAAAACAGGGUGAUAAAAAUAUAAAAAAAAACAAUUUUGUUAUACAAAAGUAUAAUGAUCCUAAUAUUAAUAAAAAGGAGUUAGAAAGAAGUAACAAUAAAUUAUAUGAACACAUUUUAAAUGAAGAUAUAUUUUAUAAAACUAAUAAUACAUUAACUUCUUCAUUUGAUGAUAAUUCAUAUAAUAAAGGAAAAAGGCAACUAAUCGAAUAUUCAAAUAGUUUUCAUGAUAAUAAUAAAAGGUAUAACAGAGGAAUAAUAAAAAGAAAUGAGUAUACAGACGCAAAUACAACUAUUAGUACUAAUAAUUCAUCAUGUACGCUACAUGAUGAUAAUAGAUUUAAUCAUUCUAAACAUAAAAAUAUGAAAUUGCACAAAAAUAUGUUACCAUAUGAAAAUGUGUCGUCAAAUAAAAAAAUGUCACAAUAUCAAAAUAAUACAAAUACAAAUACAAAUACAAAUUAUAAAAAGGAUAAUUAUCCAUUAGUUAAAAUAUCAAACGGUAUAAAAAAAAAAAAUAUAUUAAAUAAUAAAAAGUCUGGUAAUGAAAUAUAUAAUAAAGCAUAUUAUAGUGAGAAUAAUACCAGUAGCGAAUUAUACUCUAAUAAUACAAGUGAGGAAAAAAAAAGAAACCAUAAAGAUAUUACAUGUGGUAAGGAUCUUAAGCAGUCUACAAGGCACUAUGUUGACAAUUAUAAUUCAUCAAAAGAUAUAAAAGAAAAGAGAUUUGAUAAGGUAAAAAGCAAAAUGAAUAAUUAUGUGGAUGAUAAUAAAUAUAUACAUACAGAUGAUGAUAAUUAUAUUGAAACAAAUGAUGAUGUGGAUGAUAAUAUCUCCCUCUAUAGUAACAAUAAUAAAUCAGUAUACCAAUGUACAAAAGAGGAUGAUGAAGGAAAAGCCUCAUAUAUAAGUAAUAGAAAUAAUUAUAUUAAAUUAAAUAAAAAAAUGGAAGGAACAAAAGAUCAUUUAUAUAAUAAACGUUACAAUUCUUCCAAAAUAUAUUCUUAUUCGAAGAUAAAAAAAUCUAAUCUUUUAAAUUCCAAAUUAAAAGAUAAUGAAUACACAAAUAAAAUUAAGAACAAUAUAAGAUAUAAUCAAAAUAAUAUGAGUAAUAAUAAAAUUUAUAAUGAUAAUAAAUCAGAAAGGGAUAAAUAUACUGAGAGAGGAUCAAGAGAAGUGAAAUAUAAUACAUCGAUAGAUAAUGUAAAUUAUGAAGAAAAAAAAAACAAAUAUCAAAGUAAUAAAAAAUGUGUUAAUCAUAAAUCAUUUUUAUCAACAGAUGAACAAAGUAAAUUUUUUAAUAACGAAAUAAAGAAGAACGAAAUAAAUGAUAUAAACAUGAAGAAUAGUAGAAGCAAAUCAAGUUAUAAAAAGGAAAGUUAUAUUGAUAAUAGUAAAGAUAAGAAUUCAUUACAUGAAAGCUAUGAAAAUAUAUCAGAAAAUGUAAUAAACAAAAUAGAUGGAUGUUAUAAAAGUUUAACACCACAUGAAAUUAAGAAAAAUAUCUAUUGCUCAAAUAUAAGUGAGGAAAAAAAAAAAAAUUAUUUUCCAAGUCAAUCUAUAUUAUGUUGUGAUAAAAAGAAAAACACUUCUACACAAGAGAUAGAUGGAGAUACUAUUAAUAAAAUUGUAAAUCAUUAUGAUGAACAAUAUAUAAAAGAUAAAAGCGAUUUAGAUAUAGGUAAUGAGAGGAAUGAAAAAGAUAAAGUAUAUAAAAAGUGUUGUAGUUUAAAGGAAAAUAGAAUGAUACAGAAACAUAGUUCCCUUGAUGAACAAAAUGAAGAUCAUAACAAGGUAGAAAUAUAUUAUAAGAAAAAGGAGAAUGAUAUGGAUGAAUAUAUAGGACAACAAAAACAAAAAAAAAAACAAAAUGACAAUAAUAAAAUGAAUAAUAAUUUUAUUUCAUCAGAAGAAGAUAUCAAUUUCAAAAAUAAAAGUGAUACAACACAGAAGCAUAAUUAUGGAGAUAAAGCUAGUACACAUUAUAAUAUAAAUGAAGAUGAAAAAAAAAACAAUGACAUAAAUAAUAUGUGUGUUAAUACAAUAUAUAGUAAUGAUGAUGAAAAUUUAUUUCAAGAACAAAAAAAAGAAAAUGUUUAUUGCAAAAAAUUAAAGAAUGAUUUAAUAAAAGAUAACUAUUCGUUGGAUAUACAAAAUGAUAAAACUAAACAAACAUAUACAUCACAUCAUAUUAAAAGUAAUAUAUAUAAUUAUCAGCUUGAUACACAUACAUAUUUACAAAAUAAUUCUAGGAAUGAUGAAGAUAUUUCAUUUAACAAGGACAAUAAUAUAACCUUAUUAAAUGAAAAUAAUAUAGCUUUUGAUAAAGAUAAAAAUAUAAUAGAAAAUAAAUAUAAUAAAUUAUUAUACAGUGAUAUAUAUAAAACUGAAGGAAACACAAAAAAAUUGAAGCAAAAUAGUUUGUGUAAAAUUAUUGAAGAGCAAAACAAAAAUGAUCAGAUAAAGAAUUAUAAAAAUUGUACACAUAACAAGGAUAGUGUAUAUGAUAAAGAUGAAAUAACUAUGGAAAAUAACAAUAUAUUAGAUAAAUCAUAUUAUAAGGAUAUUAGAAAUGAACACAGUAACAAUAUAUAUCAUAAUAAUAAUAUUAAGUGUCAAUCUUUGAAAUCGGAGAAUUAUAAUAUAAAGCAUUCAAAUGUGAACCAUAACAUUAAUGGAAAAUAUUUACAAGGUGUUGUAGGAAUAAAUGAAGCAAAUGAAUAUUUAAAGAAUCAAUUAAAUGUUCUAUUAAAAGAUAAUAAUGAAAUAAAUAAAAAUGAAAAGAAUAAUGUUGAUGAGAAUAAUUGUUAUAUUAAUAGCAUGGACAAAAGUAAGCAUAUUUCAAAAGAAAAGGUUUAUAUUAAUAAUAAUGAGGAGAUACCUAUACAAUUUGAGAAAUCGUACACCUCUAAUAUAUAUGAUGAAAAAAAAGGAAAUAUUAUGAUGGAUGAAAAUAUAGAUAAGUAUAAUAAUGAUAAGAAUAAAGGAUCACAUUUUAAAAAGGAAAAUUUGAACAUGUAUAGAAAGAAAUUAAGUGAUAUAAAAAAUAUAAAUGGGGAAAAUACUACAAAUAUAAAUAAUUCUGAGGAAGUAUUAUUAAAUAAAGAUUUAAUUAAAAGUAUGGAUAUAUCUAAUCCGAUUAGAGUUGAUGAAAAUAAUGCUUCAACAUAUAUAAAUAAAAAUAUGGAUAAUAAUGUUAGUAUUAUAAAUACAAAUAAAAAUAAUACUAUACAUAACAAUAAUUAUGAAUUAUCUGUUGAUAAUAUAAAAAGAGAAUUUAAUGUUGAUAAAACAAGUAUACAUAACGUUUCCAGUUUAGAUGAUAUUAAAGGGGAAAAUGUAUUAAAGAAGCCAAUUUUAAAUAUAAUAAGUGAUGAUGAAAAUAAUAAAAACGAUACAGUGAAAAAGGGUGUAGAGAAUUCUAAUAAUAUAAAUACAAUGAAUGGUACAAAAACAAAUAAUUAUAUGGUUAAUAGUUUUACAAUGCCAAAUAUUUCUAAUAUAAUAAAUAAUAAACAUAUGUUAUAUACAAAUAGGUUUAAUGAAAAAAAUAAAAUGAAUAUAUAUAAUUCUGCAAGUCAUCAAAGCAUACUGGGAGAUAUAUAUAAUUCUGCAAGUCAUCAAAGCAUACUGGGAGAACAAGGAAAUUAUAAUAAUUUAUUUUGUAAUCCUAAUAUAGUAAAUAAUGAAAAUAUCAAAAGGAUUUUAUAUAAUAAAGCUCUUACUACUGCAAAUAUAGGUAACACACAUAACAACAACAAUAAUAUUAAUAAUAAUAAUAAUAUAUUAUAUAAUCAAAUGAAUAAUGAUCAAUAUAAUAUUAACAAAAUUAAUACAUUUGGUUAUCUAAAUAAAUAUAAUAAUAUGCCCAUGGAUAUUUCUACAUUAAAUAAAUCAGACUAUGGGAAUCUUCAAAAUGAUAAUCUGAAUAAUAUAUGCAUACUUCCACUGAACCCUAAUAUACAACAACAUCCAUUUAAUUACAAUAUGAAUACUGGUUAUAUACCUAAUAAUAAUUUUCUUUAUAAUAAUAAAUUAUGUUAUGAUGAAUCUGGAAAAAUUUUUAUAAGAGGUGACAAGCCUCUUAAUAAUGGAGCAAUAUUAUAUAAUGGAAAUAAGUUAACAUAA